CACCUAAACAAACGCUGAUCCACAGCUUCCGACGCCAUUCUCACCUUUCAGCAUGGGCGCGCCGGACACAUCAUGGGUGUUCGCGGACCUCGCCGUCGCCGACAGCUCCAGGUACAGCACCCGCUCGCGGCUGCUGCUCACGGGGCUCUCCUUCGCCAUCGGCAUCCUCACCCUCCUCCUCUACCUCGCUGUCUCCUAUGCCUGCAGACGCCGCCGCCGCCGUGGCCUUUGCCGCCGUCAGCGCGGCGCGGGCGCGGGUGCUGGUGCGGAGGACCAGGAGGCCGGCAUGAGCGACGCGGCGAUUGUCUACGAGCGGGCCGACGCGGAGGCGGCGCCCAUGGACUGCGCGGUGUGCCUCGGGCAGGUGGAGGCCGGCGAGAAGCUGCGGCGGCUCCCCAAGUGCGCGCAUCUGUUCCACGCGGACUGCGUCCACGCUUGGUUGCGCGCGCACUCCACCUGUCCCAUGUGCCGCGCCGCCACCACUGGCACAACCCCGGCCGCGACAGCGGCGGCAGAGGCGCCGCCACCAGCCGUGGUUGCAGGCACGCCGCCUGCCUUGGAACGGAUGAAUUGAACCACACUGACCGGAGAAUAGCCAGAGUGAUGGAUCGACUAAGCGACGCUGACCGGAGAAUAGCCAUAGUUUUCGUUUCUGAUGAGAUUAGCCGUAGUGUGGUGUGGCCAUGGCUGCGGCCAUAGUGCGUGUACAGGAGUAUUUGCGAAGUGGAAUGUGCUUGUAUUACUGGCUCCGUUUCAU